AUGGAAUCCCCUCUUGUUCACCUCAAUGGCCGGUCAAGGCUAACCUUUCCCUCUCGGGUCUCGGCUCUCGGUUCCGGCGAUGGCUGCCUCCCGCCGCCUCGCGCGGAAGCUGCCCUCGCUGAUCUCCAGGCAUCAGCGCCUCAUCUCCCCGGAGGCCGAAGCACCGGAACUCACUGAACCCUCCACCACCUCCACACCCAUCCCACUCGACCCCUCCCUGCCCGUCCUCCCGCUCGCCGUCUCCCACCUUUCGCCGCCGAGCCCGCUUCCGAUGCUCCCCUCCGCGCACGCCUCCUCCCCGGUCUCUCUCCUGCGUCUCCUCCGCCGAGCGCGUCACCACCCGCGACUCGCGGCGCUCGACCUCCACAUCCUCCUGGCCGCCGCGGAUGCGUCCCCCGCGUUCCGCCCCGACCAUGGCCUGACGUCGCUCCUCGCCGCUCGCCUUGCGUCCUCCCGCCGCCUACCCUCUCUUCGGCGCCUCCUCGAGCUCGUUCUCGCCCGACCCUGCCCCUGCGCCGACGACUCCAUCUUCGCAUGCCCCGAGCUCCUGCCCACCUUCCGCAAGGCCAUCGUCGCCUUCUCUGCCUCCGGCGACAUCCCCGCCGCGUCCGAAGUCCUCGCAUACCUCCGUCGCGCCGCUGACUCCCCACUCCCCGCCGAGUUCUACAAUAUCAUCCUCCACGCCCUCUCCCGCCUCCGCCGCCACGACGAUGUCAUCCGCUUCUACGGCGAGAUGACCUCCGUCUACCGCGUCGCUCCGGAUGCCUACACCUUCAAUAUACUUAUCAACAGCUCCUGCCGCGCGGAAGGCGUCAACAGCGCCAAGCGGUGGUUUGGCGAGAUGCAGCGCCGGAGCUGCGCACCGACGGGCGUUAGUUUCAAUACACUCAUGCGCGGGUUCAUCAGAGAAGGCAGGUACAAGGAGGGAAUCAAGGUCGCACGCGAGAUGCUUGAGCUUGGAGUCGGGCUGUCGGUUGUAUCCAUGGAGAUUUUGAUCGGUGGCUUGUGCCGUGGUGGUGAGGUUCUAAAGGCGGCUGAGGUGUUUGCUGAGUUUUUGGGGGAUGGGGUGGUGCCAGAAGGGUUUGAUUGCUUUGAACUUGUUGAGGCUCUGUGCCGUGUGGGGAAGAUGGACAAAGCAGUAGAAGUGGUGGACAUGGUAUUGGAGAGGAAUAUGAAAUGCUGUCUCAGCGUGCCUGCUGGCGUUACUAUUUUGGAGUGCCUGAUGAAGGCUGGGAGGCUGGAUAAGGUUUUCCACUUGAUGCAGAGAAUGGUUGAGCAGGGAAUUAUUCCAGAUACAAUUUCUUGUAACUGCAUCUUUGAGGCACUUUGUGAAGCAGGGAGGACAGCUGCUGCGAACCAGCUUAGGGUGCUGGCUAAGGAGAAGGGUUUUGAGGCUGAUAGCGAAACCUAUCGUGUGCUGGUGCAGGGAUUUGGAAGGCAGGGGAGAAGGAAGGAAGGGGAGGCUGUGUUGGAUGAAAUGCUUGAUUCAGGAUUUAUACCAAACAUUGCCUCUUAUAAUAGGCUUCUUGAUGGCUUGCGUAAGGGAAGAUCUUUGAGGAUACAAGAGAAUUUCUCAGGGGAUGUGAAAGCACCAGAUUGAAAGUAUGUCUCAGAGGGAGGGAGGGACAGUGGUGUGCAUAACUGCAAGGAUACAAAAUGGGAGGCUUGAAAUGAGCGAUAUUAACAGCAGUUAAGAGUUUCCAGCCCUUCUAUGCCAUGAGAAGGUGUCAUAUUGAAAUUUUCGAACUUCCAACAUGGUACUUUGGAGACUACUUUAUGAUACAUCCUUCACUUGCCGGAUUUGAAUUUUGAAGGCUCCCUUGCUUGGACACGAGUCCCAUCUAUUUGAUUUGGGGUAGCAUUUUUCUGACAUCUUGCCAAACCCAUCGUUGCUAAGGUCUGUAUCACUGUAUGGAUAGAAAAUGCUUCAUUCUAUUGGGGAUUUCAAUUUUUUUUAGAUAGGUAUACAUAUGUCUUCUCGAGCGCUAUAUUAACAUUGACGUUGAUUUUGUUCCAAGUUCUGUUUGGCCUAAAUUAGAUAGUGCAAAGGUAGGACACUAGGCCUGAAUAUUAUCAUCCUAAUGAGCUAUCUUAGUGUUGUAUUUUCUAUGCCCAGUGUCCCCAAGUAUCAUGGGCUGAUAUCCACAAAGUUGGGAGUUAAUGAUAUUCGGAGGCAGUAAACUGUGCACAGAAGGAAGUUAGUAGUAAUGUGGAAAUUCAAUAACCUCAUUAUGAUGGUAUCUUCCUAUUCCCUCCUUUCAUAUAUGCAGUCUCUGGAUAUUUUAAUGCUGCCAAAUGUUUCAGUCGGAGUAUUAUCAUAUUUCGAGACUGCAGAUAUAGAGAUGGCUCUGGUGUUACUGCUUCCAAAGAAACAGACAUAGGAACAAGCGUCACUGCUUUGAAGUAACUUGUCUUCCAGCCAUCAAUUGAUCAUAAUGCCUAGGAUAGGGGAUUUGCAAAUGUUAAUGAUGAAGAAAAUAUUUUUCGGGGAACAUGCUGAACAUGGGAAGAUAAUCUUCUCAAGGUUUGCAGGAGGCAAUGCAAUGCUUCCAUUUGGAUCGGACGGUCUAAGGUUUUCUCUUGUGUCUACUUUCUAAUUGAGGAUUCAAAGGAACUAAUGUUUGUUGGGGUUUUACCCCUAAACAGACGAGAGAUGAGAUAGAAUGAGAGGACCAGCAAGUCAAACAAGCAAGAGAGCAAAUAAGCAAGGGGCUAAGAGUCCCCCACCUCCUCCCCAUGGGGGCUAUUUAUAGGGAGGAGGAGGUGGUUGUUUAUACUUAUUCCAUUGGUGGGGUCGAAUAUUACAAGAAAGUCCUUGAUGUUUACAAACAGGUCUCUAGAAGCUGCAAAUAAGUCCCUAGAACUCAUAAACUAGCCCUUAGAUCCUCUAACUUAGACUCUUUUACACAAAGGGGGUCCCUAGCCUUAGGUGGCAGCCAAGGCGCACCCCCAACAAUGUUGAUUGAAAAUUAUCAUGCAAAGCUUGUCAGCAACCAGCUACCCGUCGAUACUAUUACCCAAUCUCCACUAAGCAGUAAUUGUCUUCUCUCUAUUCACCACCAUGACAAUACAGUUCUAUUGCUACAAAUUUCAACAGUGGAGAAACUUGUGUAGAUGUUCAUCUCCUCAGCGUUAGUCUCUCUUAAGUGACCAUAUCCACAAUGUUUAUGUGCGUUGCCGGCCGGCGGGUGCUGUCCAGCGGACGCUUCCAUGCGUGUGCAUGGCGGCUGCGAGACCAGCCGGUUGCUUGGCCCUUCCGGUGAAGGUGUUGCAAUUCUGGCAACUUGGCAUGGCAGCCAGAGAGCAGGGCGGUCGGUGCCGGUGGUCAAGGUGAAAGAGUGCAGUUGUCCAGGGUGCGUGUCUGGAGGGACAAGGGAAGUAUCUCUCAGUUUGGCAAAUCGAGAAGCAAUGGAGCAAUCUGUGGGGUCAUGUCUCUGGCGCGCUUCACUUCACAAAGCAUCUCCUCUGCAUUGUAGGCAUAGACAAACACGAACUGACAAAGUGACAAUGCACGCACGAUCACUCGAUCAGUGUCCAACCUGUUGCCUGAUUUAAUUUCUAGACAGAAUUGUCA